UAAUGCAGCUCGAUCUCGGCUUUCAAGUUGCAAGGAAGGAAGGAGAAGCUGUCGCCUUUGAGUUCGAGGAAUCGUCGCCGUCGUCGGCCUCCCCCUCCUCGUCUUCGUGCUCAUCGCCGACGGUAGUAUCGACGGGAGGCUCCACGUCGGCCUCCCGCGCUCUGGGCCCGUCGCCGAAGCGGAAGGCCGGGCGGAAGAAGUUCCGGGAGACGCGACAUCCGGUGUACCACGGCGUGCGGGAGCGCAACGGCGGUCGGUGGGUGUGCGAGGUGCGGGAGCCCCGGAAGAAGAGCCGCAUCUGGCUGGGGACGUUCCGGGAGCCGGAGAUGGCCGCGCUGGCGCACGACGUGGCCGCCAUCGCGCUCCGCGGCGGGUCGGCCCAGCUCAACUUCCCGGACCUCGCAGGGGCACUGCCCCGCGCGCGAUCGACGGCGCCCGAUGACGUCCGCCGCGCCGCGGCCAAGGCGGCCGAGAUGUUACGACCUUUAAAGUCGUCGCCCGCGCCGCUGCCCGCCGUGUCGGAUGCAGGAGAAAGCCAGGGACGUGAGGCGAGGGAGGAGAAUACAGCGACCAAGGACGCUGCUGCACCUCCGGCGGCAGUGUUCGUGGACGAGGAGGAGCUGUUCAACAUGCCGGAGUUGAUCGAGGACAUGGCGAGGGGGUUGCUGCUGACGCCCCCAGCGUUGCAGUGGCGAGGGUUCGAUUGGGAUAUUGCGGUGGAGGAGGAGCAAGAAAUAAGCUUGUGGCCACUGUGGAAUCACGAAUGAGAAACAUUUCUCGCAAGAAAUAGAUUAUAUAUAUAUAUAUAUAUAAUCUAAAAUCUCAACAAUUUGUCACUUGAAACAUUUUGCUCAUCUGUCUUGGGAAACAGCCUUGAGCCAUGGCCUCGGGGCCGACGUGGCUCGGUUCGGGUCUGGACGACGGGGAUCUUCCUGGGACGUUCCUCGAGCCCGUCGAGGUGGUCGCGCUGAGGUGGUCCGAUUGGGACGGGGUGGCCGCUUCCUCCGAGCAAGAGCUCCUCGCUUGCGCGUCCCGCGGGGACCUUUAGCUUCGCACCUGCACAAAGGUCGGGUCGGGAAGCUCGACCCGACCCCUCCGACGAUCAAAUCAGAUGAU